UUGGACGCUUUGUGUUGCUAUUUCUGUCACAUAGGACGCGUUAGUGCACCGUUUUUAUGCAGUUAUCGUAAUAUCGCUCUAGUUUUGUGUCCGCCGAGUAUUGAAAAAUCACAGUGUUUAUCGUGGAGUUGUUUUUUUAUGCUGGUGGUUCAUCCAAAUCUUUAAUUUCUGUGAGUGGCUAACAAUGUUCGUGAUCAUGGAUUGUUUUCACCAUUAGCAGGCUCUCGAGUAAAAGUUUUGACAACUAAUCCUUCACCUCAAGUGUCCUCCACCAUCUCUUUCGUUUUGCGGCGUCCAUCUUUUGACCAGAACAAGAAAAAAUAUAGUGAAGUGUUUUUUUUCUCGGUCAGGGUCUGAACUCCUUUUUGGACAAGCGUCAGGUCGUUUAUUUGCUCUCGACGAGUCUACUCAAUCUACUUUUCGCUGGCGAAUCGCCCGCGAAAAGUGUAUAACCCAAGGUUCCGAAGCUAGGUAAUUGCACCGAGUCUAUAAACCUUGUUGAUUUGGGCCCCAAUUACUCUUCUUGAUUUGUAAUGUACCUCAAGUUCAGCACCGAGCGACGAACCAUUAAAUCAACAAUCAACUUCGUGCACUCGAAGAGGAAAGGAAUCUUCAUACACAAGAAAAAAAUGUUCAAAGACACAAUAAGUCUUAGAAAUCGUAUAAGUUUCCUAACAGCACGUCGCUACUGAACGAUUUCUUUGAAAGACGUUGUUGGUGGAAAGAUUUUUUUGAGCUACGAUCGAUGAACGUGAGUGUCUUUCGUUGAACGACAAGUUUAGAUCGAUUCAAACAUCAAAGAUCAUUUAUUGCGAGAUCGUUUGUCCAAAUUCAGAGGAGAAAAAGAGCCAAAAUGAAGCUGUUGGAGAGCUCGCGAUUUGAAGCGAUCAACAGCGCUCUGUCGAUUACGACUGGUGACAGCAAAAUAAUAGGAAGGAUCGAGAGCUAUUCCUGCAAAAUGGCUGGGAAUGAUAAACAGCUCUAUAAAAGAUUCAAUUCAGAGCAAGGAGUCACUCCACAUGAUCUUCAAGCUCUGUCACCACCGCAGACUUCUCUUGGGACAUCUCCAGCGCAAAGUUACUGCAGUCGCAGUAUUUCUGGUGACGAGGAUGGCCCUCUGUGUGACACAAUCAGUCGCAAGACUUUGUUCUACUUGAUUGCCACCUUGAAUUCUGCUUUUCAUCCUGAUUACGAUUUCUCCGAUGCAAAGAGUCAUGAAUUCAGCAAAGAACCAAGUUUGCAAUGGGUCAUGAAUGCUGUUGACAGCAAUCUCAGCGCUACAGCAGGAGAUCAUUAUCGUACUCUUCGUACUGCUCUUUGGGCCGCCGUGGAGGAUGAAAUUUCUAUGAGCGAGUGCGACAUUUACAGUUACAAUCCAGAUUUGGCAUCCGAUCCAUUCGGGGAAGACGGAUGUUUGUGGUCCUUCAAUUACUUUUUCUACAACAAAAAACUAAAGAGAAUCGUAUUCUUUACUUGCAGAGCCAUAAAUCCCAUUUAUGCGCUUGACUCUGGCAUUGGGAGUGACUUUGCAAUGGAUGAAGACGAGGAAGAUUACAACUAGCUCUAAGCUACUUCAACUUUUAAAAAGAUUCCUUACUUAUUUCAUAUAUUAUCAGGAUUAAAAAACGUCUUCUGACGAUUUGCAGUUGUCUAUUCCCGUCAAACGAAAAUUCUUUCUCCUGACUUAUAUCGCCAAGUUUCAAAAUUGGUGAGAUUGACAGUAUUUUUUGCAUUGAGACUUAUGAAGCGAUUUUUUGCAAUUAUUUAUGAGCGAUGAGUUUAAAAAAGUGAGAUCCUUGAAAUUAAAAACGAGAGCUCAAUUCUGGGAAUAGAGGAUUUUUAUCUCUUAAUCUAUAAUCUACUUUCAAAAAGUUAUUAUUGAUACGAUUGUAAAGCAUCUCUGUUAAUUUAAUCUUAAUUAAUUUUUGUUUGUGUACGUACUGAAUUGUCGAUUUACUAGUGAUUGGAUUCGUUCGCAAUCUAAAGGUAGAUUAAGUAUUUUGUCAGAGUCGACAGGAAAUUCGAAUUGCAGUCUGUCAUUUCUUCUUUGUCAAUGACGGAUUCUUGAUGAUAGAUUUGAAAAUCAAUUCGAAAUUUCAGUCUUUAAGCUUAGACUUCUGUUUGUCACAAAGGAUGAGUAAGUUGAUUCUCCUAAUAUGAUUAAAUUCGCUUAUGAUAUUAUUUUGAGCGAAUUUACACUAUUUAAUCACUUGAAAUAUUGUUGCUCCUAUUUGUGUAGUGUUUGCUGCGAGAGCUGUUCAAUGAAAUUCGAUAUUGAUGUGUUUGAUUUAAAAUCAUUCGGUUGGCGCACACCAGUAUGAUAGACUUAUAAAUACGUACUCAUUUUUCGACUGUUUUAUUUGUUGUCAAGUAAACCUGAGAACCAUCUGACUAACUCGGAAUUAAUAAUACCUUUAAGCUGAAGAUGUUAUCUAGAUUUUCAGAGAAAGAUCUCAACCAGAUAAUCAGUGUCAGUGAGAAUUAGCAAUAAUCCCAUAAAAUAUACCACAGUCCAAUGGUUCAUUGAAUUUGCACCAGGUGGAAGAGAACUACGCUCGAAAUAUAUUUUUAGAAUAAAAUAUAAUGAUUUUCAAUAAAGUACAAGAAUGCGAAAUUGUAAUUUUUUGUAAUUACUUUUAUAAUUUUGUAAAACUAUUCGAAUUUUACUAUAAACUGCAAGUUUUUGCUAGAAUUCGGACAAUAAAAAAAUUUCACGGGUAAAUUAAUAAAAUUUUGCCAUAAAAUUAGAAUUUUGCAUUAUUGUACUUCAGUUUUUUUUUCUGUAUUUUAUUAUGAAAAUAUUUUUCUAGGAGGGAAAUUCACCAUUUCGUCACAUUAGGUUACGAUGCACUUAUAUAACUUCUAAAAACAGUUUUAAAGAUACACAUUACACCCCUUAUUACCGAAAUCUUUUAUUAGUUCUUAAGCUACAUACUACUAUCUUCAAAACACAUCCCCCUUAACUCCCUAAUUUAUGUUUAAAUCACAAAAUCACUUAUAUAAGAUUAUUCAGAAAAAAUCAAAUUGUAAGUAGACGUGCAAAAGGCUGUUUUUGUCAGACAUGAGAGUUGUAAAUUAAGAGAGAAGAGUACGGAAAACUUGUGAGAGGAUAUAAGUAGUUUAAUUUUGUAUAGAGAAGUUCGAGUGAAAUUAUAAUUGGAUGUAAAAGUGAA